AUGCAUAAAAUCCUAGUGCCCAAGUAUUCUGGAGCUCAUCGCUUUGCUUGCUUGGCACUUUAUCGAGCACUUCUCCGACAAUGCCGUCCUUCAACUGCAGACACCCCAUGGCUGAGUGAGAGCAAACCUCUCAUCCGACAGAAUUUCCGAAAAUACAAGAAAUUACAAAGCCCAUCACAAUCAGCAAAUGCCUUGAAGGCAGGCUACGAGGCUCUAAAUCUCCUCUCUUUGUCUCAUACCAAUCAGCAAGAUGCGCACCGUGUUACAACUCUCAUAGCCCAAGCCAGGUCACAGAAAGAUAAAUAUGCUGCGAUGCAAAGGAAAAUCCGGCCAGUAACACCGCCUGUCAACCCUCUUACGCCCAAGAAAGCCCGGAAGGAGAAGUCAAUUCGCUUCCAGGAGGAAACAUCCCAGCGACAUCCGAACGCCACAUCGAUUCUAGACCGACCACGGCCGUUGGGUGACAAGAAGCGCAAUGUCCCUGUACUUGUCAAUGCACGCGGGCUUCCGUUCUUACGAUAUAAGAAGCCGCAGCCGAGAAACGUUAGCAGUGUGAUACGAAAAAAGCUUGGGCGUCGGUGGAACUGGAUUGAGCGUCGAGACAGGCUAAAAAUAGAAUUACUUUUCGCCAAGGACGAAGAGGAGUGGGAUCGCAUCACCAAAACCAAGGAGCCAUCCACUUGGUCUGAGCAUCCUGCAAAUGCUAUAGCCGAUGUCAAUGCGAGAAUUGGACGCUUCGAUAUGCAGUCCAAAGAACUUGCAGAUAACAUGUGGAAGAUUGUUCUAGCUGAAAAGGCUUUGGCGGAAGAAGAAGCUAGCCAAAAGCAGCCAAAGCAAUGA